CUGCUUGUUUAUUUUAUUUUUUAACAGUGACAUUAGUUUGCAGCGAGCGGCUGAGCAUGUGAGCGCUGAGUGUUAUUUUUUUGAUUUGUGUUAACGGCAGAGAGUGAGCGCUAAGAGCGUCCAUAGAGUGUGCUGUUAUUAACAUUUUCUCGUAUGCAUUAGUCACUGUUAAGAAGAGAGCGCAUAAAAACGAUUGUUUGUGGUUGAGGGUUGAAAAGUGCAUGUACACCCCAAUACAGCUGUCGCUGCUGUCGACAGGAUAUUCGGCCAGCCAGGAUGUUUUGCCAGCAGCGGCAGGUCGUGCGGUCGUCAACAGUUCAACUUCAGUUUGCUGUGUCACUGCAACAUUUAGUCAGUUUAACGCUUUGUGACGCCGUGUGCGGUUGUAAAAUUUUCGUGUCCGUUAGUUAGUUCACUUUUAACACGGCAACGUGCGGUUGAUUUUAAAACUUAGAAAAUAAAUUUUGAAUUUUUUGGCAAAGCAAAACAGAAAUUUUGCAUAACAAAGGAAAACACUGUAAAAGACAUAAAUAAAGAAAAUUAUUAAAAUAAAAAUAUAAAUCAAAAAAAUAAAUAAAUCAACAGGCAGCAACAAAUACAAAGAAUGUCUGCAGUCAGCAGUCGCAAUCAGAAAAUGGAACAACAGAGACUGCUAAUGGAAGCGUAUAUACGACAAAAGCGCGCAUCGCCUGGCAUGGUCCAGGCAAGUGACUUACAAAUAACCCGUCCCAUGUCGGGGCUGCGCACAUCAACGGCCGCUGGCCGCGAGCUGCAUGCCUACGAUGGUCCAAUGCAAUUCAUCAGUUCGCCACACAAUCCCGAUCAAUUAUUAAGUAACACCACCAGCGUCACAGCUACGAAUACGAACGCGACCACCGCCAACUCCAGCAACAAUGCGGCCAGCACGAAUGGUCGUCAGCAUGGUGUCAGCUUUACGAACAAUAUGCGUCCGCGGACAGCACAGAUGACAGGAUACAUCAUCAAUCAGGACGAUUUAAUCGAAGAGAUUUCCUCACACGAACUCGAAGAUGACGAAAGUAGUCCCGUCAAUCAUGUGAGCAACAAUGGACAACGACAAAAGCAACGCCAACAACAGCAAUUACAACAACAUCAACAACGUUCAUACAGUCACGAUCAGGAUAGCAGCACAUUGGACGAAGAUGAUUAUGCGAAUCGAAAUAUCGAGGUAGCUGCACCCAUCAUGCCAUUGAAUCACAGCAUCGCCAAUAGCAUCGCAUCACAAACAAACACCACCACUAAUUCGGUCACCGGUGCACGAAGCACUUCGGCGCAAUCGACCGGCACCGGUUCGGCUAAUAACACUGCCAACUAUUCGAACAGUGCGCAGCAAACGAAUUCAGCGGCGGAUGCCAGCGGCGAACCGGAAGGUGAUCUCGUCGGCAACAUCGAACAGUUCGUCAUGCAGCCAGCAUCGCAGGGUGUGCUCUUCAAGUGUCGCAUAACGCGUGAUCGCAAAGGCAUGGAUCGUGGCCUAUUUCCAAUAUAUUAUUUGCAUUUGGAGCGCGAUUAUGGCAAGAAAAUAUUUCUCUUGGGCGGACGCAAGCGAAAGAAGAGCAAAACAUCCAAUUAUAUUAUCAGCUGCGAUCCUACGGACUUGUCACGGAACGCCGAGGGUUUUUGUGGCAAGUUGCGUUCGAAUGUGUUCGGCACCUCCUUUACCGUGUUCGAUAAUGGCAACAAGGAUAGCACGGAAAAUCCACGACUCGACUUGGCGGUGAUCAUCUAUGAUACCAAUAUACUCGGUUUCAAAGGUCCACGCAAUAUGACAGUGAUAUUGCCCGGCAUGACGGAGGAAGAUCAACGCGUGAAAAUCAGCUCGGCCGAUCCCAAACAACAGGGUAUACUGGAUUUAUGGAAAGUUAAGAACAUGGACACGAUCGUUGAGCUGCACAACAAGACACCCGUAUGGAAUGAUGAGACGCAAUCGUAUGUCUUAAAUUUUCACGGUCGUGUCACACAAGCAUCGGUUAAGAAUUUCCAACUCGUACACGAUUCGGAUCCCGAUUAUAUAGUCAUGCAGUUCGGGCGUACCUCCGAAGACGUCUUUACCAUGGACUAUCGCUACCCGCUGUGCGCGCUACAAGCAUUUGCCAUAGCGUUGAGCAGUUUUGAUGGCAAAAUCGCGUGCGAGUAGAAGCGAGAGAGGCUGAGCGAAUGAUAAUUGCAGUGAGACUGCAUCAUAGUGUUAUCAGAACAAAAUUAUGCUCAAAUUUAUAAGCGUUCAGCAACAACAAUAGUAUUUUAUUUAAAUGUAAAUGUAAAAUCAAAAACACAGAGUACGGUACGCACAAAAGAGUACGGUCAUAAUCAAAAAAGUGCAUGAUGAACUUAAUAACAAACGGUUGCCUUAGUUAUGAGCGUUCGCAAAGGCGCGCUAGAAUAUCACCCACAAUUGUAUGUAUUUAUGUAGGUGGGUAUAUACGUGCACCGACUUGAUUAACACUAAUAUUAUAUUUUUUUUUAUAAAGUAAUUAAGAGUACAAGUGAGUGUUAGAAGUGUAAACAAAGAGAAAAACAUUUAAACAUACACACAAAUAUUUAAAGAUGGCAUCUAGCUAAAUCUAAUGGCAUCAAAAAUAUGUAAAAAAACUGUCUAAAACGCGUCUAAACUUUUGCGAGCUUAAUAAUAAGUUGUAAAGUCUUAUCUCUGACACUAUUUGCCGGAUCAUUUCAAAUUUUCGAAGAAUAUGCUCAAAUAUACAAUGAACCAAAAACACUUUUACAGGGCGAUGGUUUGCUUUGAAGUGACUUAACUCCUCAACUAAUAAAACUUUUGAGUUGCAUCCAAAAGUGAGAAAAAUUCCAUUUUAUUAAUUUUCACAAUGUAAUUGAAUAUAUUUUUAAAAAUUCAAUUUUCUCCAAAAACUUAAUAAAAUCAAAAUAACUCUAGUUUGAAAUUAUAAAACUCUUGAAGAAAAAUUAAUAUUUUAUAUGAACACAUUAUGUUUUGUAGUUUUUGUUUAUUCCUAAAAUACACCAAAUUUUGUGUAAGUUUUGCAGGUAUAUAUGCCCAUAUUUCUUGGAGAGCCGCCAUAACCUCAUUUUAGCUGUUAACUUUGCGCACUCGUAACUUCAUCUACGCUUAUGACCACAGGUGUUCAAUGGGAUUGAGCUAUGGACUCUGGGGAGGAUGCAGCAGAAUCCGUUUCGCGCAACUAUGCGCCAAACCUCAGUUACAUAAGCCGUUUGGGAUUCACCAACAGUUGGAGAGCGGCGAAUCGAACAAGCAGUCAGCACAUAUAAAAUAUUAUAUAACAGAAGUAGAAGUGAAACAGAGUAGAGCUGUUCAUAGCGUCCAGGAGACGACGAAAUUUCAGCUCUAAAAUUACAACUAAAUAACUAAAGCCACUAUGAGGUCCAGCUCAACCUGUUUAGAAAUCACGAACGUUGUUAAAAGUGAUGUUUGCAAAGUUAGCACUUUCAAUAUCAAAAUUGCUGUCUAAAUUUCUGUUACUAUUAUAAACGAACAAGGUUUCUAAAAGAAUACACACAUAACAUUUUUGUCACAUAUUGUUUUCGAAAUAAAUAUAUAUUUAUACCUUGAACACGGUAUAUUAAAUUUGCUACGAAGUUUGUAGCUGCCAGAAGGAAACGUUGGAGACCCUAUUAAGUAUAUUUAUAAAUGAUAGUCUCUCUGUCAGUCUGUAUAUACGCCACUAAAACCUUAGUUUUUGAGACACACUCUGAAAUUUUGCACACGUUCUUUCCUCUCCAAGAACCGCUGAUAUACUUGUAGUACCAUUAUAACAUAUAGCUGCCGUAUAAACUGAGUGAUCGGAAUCAAGUGCUUGCAAAAUUUGGCAUGAAUUAUUCUACAAGGCAACGCUACAAUAUCUAAAAAAAAUUCGGAUCAGGCACUAUAUCAUAUAGAUGAACUGAGCGACCAAAAUCAAGUUCUUGUAUGAUGUCUGUAUCUUUUUUAUUUAAUUGCAUCGAUCAUUUCAAUGUAUCCAUAUUUUAGUCAUUAUAUAUACUAUACUUACCAUAAUAUUGUUUAAUAUGAUGCAUAGAGUCAUGACGAAAUAUUUGCAAUAAAAUAUAUUUAUUUUCGUUGUACAAAAAAGAAACACAUAUUUAUAAAUAUAUUUCUACACAAAUAACAUAACAUGUAGUUUUAGAAUAAAUGAUAAUAUUUGAGAAAACCACUAACAUAAUUAUAUAAAUACUUAUGUAUGAGUACAUAUAAGAAAAUUAUAAAAUUCAAGACAAAAAAAAAACUUAAAAGAAAGCAAUAAAGAGUACUUGUAAGAAGAACAAAAUAAAA